AUGGGAAUAACCGUCCAAAACAUCACGGGAAGCACGGCCAUGGUAAUCUGGCCAAAAAUGGCCAGUUGUGCCGACAGCUUUUACAGCGUCAUGUACCACCCUAACUGGAACAGCAUGCUAUCGAGUUACUCGAGAAAGAGCUUCCAGAAAGAAGAGAGGGUGCCCACCAGUCGCUCCUCCUUUGUUGUCGAAAACCUCACUCCGCUGACAACGUAUAUCGUGUGCGUGACCUGCCAGUCCGCAAAACCCUCCGCUGACCAGUGCAGGGUGUUUAACACGCUGGAACCAGACCCAGCAUCUGCGAACAACGCCAAGAAAGAGCUGGCGCUGGGCAUCUGGCUCGCCAGCAGCGUCCUGCUCCUCAUCAUCGCCGCAGUCCUCCUCUACGGCUGCCUGCACCUCCUGUGCCGCGGGAGACGCCAGCGUUUGCGAGGGCAAAACGGCCCCCCGGAACAAGAGCACGGGAAGUUGUGGACCAAAAGCACAGCGUACGCCUCGGAGGAGCUCAGCAGGCAGAGCCCACUGUUGCAGGACACGGAGGAAAAGCAUCCAGGUGACAUUCAGCUGGCCACAAUCAUAGAGAACCCCUCAGCGUGCAAGGAGCCCGUCAUGCCGACUUCCAAAAGCCAUGAACAAGUGUCAGCAACAGGACAGUGCUCUGCUAGAAAAUAG